AUGGAACCCACGCAUGAUAACGAGAAGGCCGAAAACAUCAUGAUCGAGAAGGUUGACGACCUUCCUGGUGAGAGCAACUUGAGUAACAUCCAGGGUCACCCCAAGCUCUGGCCAGGUUCUCUCAAAACAGCGAUCCUAUUCAAUAUCUGUCUGAUGACGUUCAACGGACAGUUUUUUGCCUCAGGUCCUUCAACCAGCCUCGUAUACUUUGUCCGGGAGUUUCGCGUUGGUUAUCCAGAUGUAGCACCUCUUAUCUCCUAUGUCGUGCUAAUGAUAGGCAUCAGCAGCCUCAUCUGGAUACCGACGGCCAGCAUCUUCGGCAAGCGUAUCGUACUAAUCGUCUCAAACUGUAUCUUCCUUGUGGGCUGCAUCUGGGGUAUAUAUGCGACGUCGCUUAACAGUCUUCUUGGUUCGAGAAUUCUUGCAGGCUUUGGAGGGGGUGCUGUGCAGGCUAUUGGACCUGCGGUGAUAGGAGAUGUGUUUUUCGAGCGAGACUACUCCAAGGUGGUUGCCAUUUACUCCAUGUGUCUCUGCAUAGGCGCACAAUUGGGUCCUUUGUUUGCAGGACACAUAGCGCUACACAUGGGCUGGCGAUGGAUCUUCAAAAUAAUCGCUGUCCUGAUCGGGUUCAAUCUCCUCACCACAAUCGUACUACUACCAGAGACAACAUUCACUCGAAAGGGCUCCACCGGUGUCACAGCAGGAGUCCUAGAUGAAGGGCUUUUUGAAGCCGUUUCCGGUCAAAACCUUCGCAAGCCAUUGCUCCCAGCACUCUCGAAAGGGACUCUCUAUUGGAAACACCCACAUGUACAAGAAGGAGGCGCCAAGCAAUGGAUAGCAGCAUUGGUGCGACACUUAGUUUUCAUCGCUGACCCCAUUGUUCUCUGCUGCGCUGGUCUUUGGGGCGUCAUUCAAAGCUGGGUCAUUGUCAUAUCUGUCUGCUCUUCACAGAUUUUCGCUCCUCCGCCGUUCCUUUUCACGCCAGCGCAAUUGGGUAACUGGACCGGUACAAGCAUGAUAGGAAUCAUCAUUGCUGCUCCUAUCGCCGGCCCAGUGGUAGACGCAAUGUCGCAAAAGUUCUCAGAAAGGCGAGGCGGGCAUCAACCAGAAUACCGCUUGUACAGCAUGAUUGUUCCCUUCGUCGUCUGCUCCCCUGGAUUGUUGCUCUUCGGCUAUACUGUUCUCAAAGGAUCAUACAUUGGUCCUGCUGUUGGCUUCGCGAUGCAAGCUGCAGGCCUUACAUUGGCACCCUCUGCAACCAUCGCAUACGCUAUCGACAGUUAUCCGUUCCACGCAGCUGAGGCUGUAGCAUCUGUCAACCUACUGACGCAUCUUAUUUCGUUCGCUCUUUCUAGAACAGCACCAGAUUGGCUACUACGCGUAGGUGUGAAACGACUCUUUAUUGAUAUGGCGGUAAUUCAGUGGGCAAUGUUUAUUGGAUUAACCAUCCCGCUAUUGCUGUUUGGUCAGUGGGUUCGUUCACAUACCACCAGAUUCCACGAAGGGAUUAGUAGUAGGAAACACUAG